AAUUUUUCCCCUUCUCAGCAGCACCAGGCCUGUGUGUGUGUGUGUGUGUGUGUGUGUGUGCUCCCUUUGUGGCUUCUGAGGGUGAGCCUGGCCCAUCUUGAACAUGAGUGUUGAACAUGAGUGUUCAUAAGUGAGACCCUCAGAGUCAAACUCCAUCUGACUGAAUGAUGAUCUUCAGAGUGAUUCUGUUUGUUGGCCUCGCUGUGGUGUGUGUGGUGUGUGUUCCUGCGGUGAACAUGAGUGUCCGGCUCCAGCAGAACGUCUCUCUGCCCUGUGACUCUCACAGUAACUCCAGCACUGUCCUGGCCUGGUUCCGGCUCGGCCCCGGGGAGAACAUGGCUUUACUGCUGUCUGCAAGUAGAGGAGUCCUGAAGAGAGAUGAGUUUAUAGUCGAACACAACAUGGAGCGAAGCCAGUUUGAGCUUCAGGCCCAUGGGCGACUGGAGUCUGUGAGUCUGAGGAUCUUCAGCGUCAGAGAUGAGGAUCUCGGCCUGUACUUCUGCUCUACUGGAACCAGUCUGAAGAACAUGCACUUCGGGACCGCAGUCAGACUCACACUCACAGACGCCUCAUCAGAUGUGGGCUGUCCUGCGCUCUGGAUCAGCGUGUGUGUGUGUGUGUUUGCUGCGUGUGUGUGCUGCGGUUUUUUCUGCACUUGUGUGCUCUGUUUCAGAAAAGACUGUUCUGUGGUCUUGUGCAUCAGCUGUGUGAAGGAGAACUCGCAUUUACAGGCAGUUCCGGUCCAGUACUCCAGUCUACGGUUCAUCCAGCGCUCCAGAACUCCGGCUCCGGCUCCUGUGGACGUGACGUACGCAACCAUUGCUAAACACACACCCUGAGCAACAGCUUCACAACAACACACACCCUGAGUCACAGCUUCACAACAACACACACCCUGAGUCACAGCUUCACAACAACACACACACACCCUGAGUCACGGCUUCACAACAACACACACCUUGAGUUGAUAAAGGAUAUUAAAUUUAAACAUGAUAGCGAAUUAAGUGAAAACAGGGAUUUAGUUUCUGUUUAGGGUGGUUCAUUAAGUAUAUUCUGUUUAUAUGUACGUAUAAAUCAAUCAUUUUGACAAUGUUGUGCUUAUCUAGAGACAUUCAUUAAAAAGAGUGUGUUGUUUUCAUGAA